GAAUGGAACAACAAUCAUGUGGGCAAAUACUCCACCAAGGGCCAUAUCCCCGACUUGCCCUCGAACGCAGAAUUGCAUGUGGGAUGGUUCAACGAGACCUUGCCGGGAUUCCUCAAAACGCACGAAGGUCAGGUGCGUUUCAUGAAUGUGGACUGCGACUGCUAUUCCUCCACCCGGGACUUGUUGAAUCUUCUCUCUCCGCGCAUCGGUCCAGGGACCAUUUUGAUCUUCGAUGAAUAUACAAAUUAUCUAAACUGGCAGCAGCACGAGUUCAAGGCUUUCGCCGAGGCCGCGGCAGAGAAUGAAUGGAGCUUUGAAUACGUGGGUAUCAGCUUACAGAGCAAGCAGGCAAUCAUUCGCAUCCUCGGCUAG